AUGUCUCAAAAAAUCCGUAGCACGGUUCCCAGUUCUAAACAUGCCGAUUUGUAUAAGUUAGGAUCACCACCAACAUGGAAAGAAUCAUAUAAACGUCGAUGCGCUGUCCGCUUAAAAGGUAGCAGAGCAAAAUUGCUACAACGCUACAGAGAUUUGGGAGAUGUGGAUACAUCAGAAAACAAACCUGAUUUAGACUCUAGUGUUGUAGACGAUGUAAUGCGAGAAGAAUGGGAUCUGAUGCAAAAUACUUCAGAAACUGAUUUCAAUGCAAUGCUUGAUACUAUGGAGCAAAUCAAACUAGAGCUAAUGCUACAAGAAAGAGAAAUCCUAAUGCAAUAUGACCGUAUGAAGGAGUUUGAUGAAUCAACUUUCAAGAAUGUUGUUUCUGAACAUGAUAGUAUAAAUAACUCACAUGUAGUGCCCUGCCCAAUAUGCCAUUCCAACUAUCUUGAAAAACAUCUCAACAUUAUUGUUUGCAAAUGUGGCGUACAGAUUGACACAGAACAAGACUGUAUUACUUUGCAACAUAUUGAUGUGCAAUUGAGAGUUGGGGUCAAUUCACAUACUGAGCACUGUGAUGCAAAACCAGUUUUUGGAUUGAUUGAAAACUUGGGAUCAAAAAACUUGCUUAUGUCCUGUAAUUCCUGUGAUUUUAUGUUUGUGGUAAUUUAA